AUGGGCGGGAGCAUCCGCGAGGAAAUGGAGGUAGCGCUGCAUGAGCAUCGCUUCCUGGUGACCAAGCUACUGGAGUCCCUCAACACGGCUUCUCUACCUCCGUCCACCAUCACGGCUACGAGGCUGCGUACAGUGAACGAGACGUUCAACAAAGUACUCGAGAAAGACCGCGACCUACUGACAGCCGUAAAGAAGCUGGCGAGGCAUCAGGUGGCACAGAAGGAAUUGCUGCGUAUUGAGGCCGAGAUCGAGAACAAGAAGCAGAAAGUCGUUCAGUAUGCUGCACAGCUGCGCUGCUCCCAAGAGGAUAUCGCCGAUGUACUAAGGAAACACCGAGUUACACUCCAAAAUGCCAAGCAAAAGUCCAAAGUGGUACUGGAUCCGCGCGAUAUCGUUGCAUAUGCUCACCGUAUUGCAGGCACGACGUCAGCGCCGAAAGAGUGGCAACCUGGGUUCCCAAUGUUUGGAUUCAUGCCACCAGCACCACAAGAGCACAUGAUGCGUGCGGGUGUACUCAGUCGUGGUAUCGUCGCUGAAAUUGUAACUCAAGGUCCGGAGAAGUAUACGUCUACUGCAGCUAGAGUGAGCAAAGAAGGCGACGGUGAUGCCAUGGAGAAGCUCAAUAUCCCCAUUGGUUUGGGUGCGAGUGAUGCUCAGAUCCGCAAGCAGAUGCCGCCUGGAUGGAAGCCAGGCGACCCCGUGGAUCUGCCACUCGAUGCUCUGCUGCACUACAUGGGUCGGAAUUUCUUCACGGAACACGGUAUCACGCUGCCUGAGUCGUGGAAGACGGGCGACCCGCUCCCUCCGGACGCAAUGGAGAUAUUGCGCAAGAAGUUUAAACUGCCUGAGAAACGGGCAGCGCUGUACGACGACGAGGUGGUGGACGAUGUCGAGAGUUUGCGCAAGAAGCGCAAGCUCGAGGAGGGCGACAAGGCUGACGAGGGCACAGCAGAGAGUGACAGCUCCAGCGACUCGAGUGACAGCGACGAGGAGGCUCCGAACACGAUCUCGCUCAGUCUCUCGUCGUCAGAGGACGAAAGUGACGACGAUAGCGACUAA